CCAGCCCUAAUGAAGAUUCUCAAGUUUUAAUUAAGCUUAUGGAAUUCUAGCUUCUCAAAGAUGGUGAGCUUGGAUGAAAUAUAGUUAUAUUUUGACUAAACUAUCUUUUUUUUCUUUUCUUUUCUUUUUUUUUUUUUUUUUUUUUACAAAAAGUUUAAUGUAACACUGACAUAUGCCCAUAAAAAGAGUAUAAUCUCUCUUAUACAUACAGUAUCUUUCAAAUUUUUGGUCAGUAUGAUUUUUUUUUGUGUGUUUGAAAGAGUGUCUCUCAUGUCUGUAAAGGCUGCAUUUAUUUGAUCAAAGAUACAGUGAAAACAGUAAUAUUGUAAAAUAUUAUUACAAUUUUCAAUAACUUAUAUAUUUUAAUAUAUUUUAAAAUGUACUUAAAUCAAGCUGAAUUACUCCAGUCUUCAGUGUCACACGAUCCUUCAGAAAUCAUUCUAAUAUGCUGAUUUGCUGCUCAAGAAACAUUUUGUUGAAAGCAGUUGCUGCUUAAUAUUUUUGUGGAAACAGUGAUACAUUUUGGGGAUUUUUUUUAUAAAUAGAAGGUUCAAAAGAACAACAUUUAUUUGAAAUAGUACAUUUUUGUAAAAAUGUAAAAUUCUACUGUUACUUUUGAUCAAUAUAAUGCAUCCUUGUUGAAUAAAAGUACUUUUAUAUAUAUAAAAAAAUCUUACUGACUCCAGACUUUGAAACAGUGUGUAUACAGUACCAUUUCCAAAAGUGUAAUUUGUGUGAUUACGAUAUGUCUAGACAUGAUAGUGUUUAUACUGUAUAUUGUAUUUUGUACAGUUACUUUAUGGUCUUGUAAGGCCAUUGGGUUUAUGAAUAUCUCAAUUAGUUUUUAACACAUGCCUUUAAAGGACAUUUUACACAGACAGAACAUGUGGGUGUAUUAAUAAUUCAGUGGAAACACUGACAAGAAGGGAAAUGACAGAAAGCAUGACAAUGAAUGAAAAGCAUUUCUGCUAAAGCCUGUCAAGGUUGAGAUAUCUUAUGUGUACUGAUAAUUCAGUGACGUUUAAUAAUUCCUGAAAGACGAAUAAUUGUGUGGGGGCUGCAAAAUGGAUGAAACCUCCUUUUUAUAUUAUUCUUACACCGUGAAGGCCAUGAUGGGAAGCUCCAUUAUAGAAAAUCACCAGACAACAACAGCUAAAUGGGAAGAUCGAUGAUAAAUUGGUCACCUAAAUAGUAGAGCUAACUUACAGGUGAAGUUACAGUGUCUGCACUUAUCAGGUCAGUCUCCAUGAUACAUUUAGAGUGAACAGUCUUCCUGAGGGUCAAGAUCAAGCCUUGUGCUGGUCGUGAUUUCAAUUAGAAAGUCCAGUCAUCCAUUUACGCUUUGGAUUUGGCAAUACAAAGCUUAAAUGUCAUAAGAAUCAUCACUUUUUGAUCAUAACACUGUGUGUAAUGAAAAAAGAGCAUGCUUGAAUCAGACAAAACCAGCUGCCGUGUAUGUUUGUAUAUUCGGUUGUCAUCGCUGAACAAAUUAAUUCUCACUUUCCUGCAGCUUUCCUGUCAAUUUUAUGUUUUUUGAGAAAAAUGUGAUGCCAUGCUAUGCCUUAUGGGUAAUAUGUUCUCUUGUUUUGUUGACUCGUCCCCUCAUUCUUCGAAGGGUCGAUUUUACACUUGGGCUUUUAGAAUAAUGGAAAGGCACUUAAGAUGGGAACACGCUUUCCACCGGGGAGAGCAGUGUGAGGAAGAACAUUGAGAACAUGUUAAAUUGCUUUAUGAAAUAGGGCUGUAGAGUAAAAGUGUCAAGGGCAAGACUACUAAAAUCUUUCAUCUAAGCUCAGGUUUAAUCUACAGUAUGUUCAGCUACUCUGCAGUAGGAGUUUUUACUCUUGACAUAUAAAUGAGCUGUAAUGUGGCUUCUUCCACAAAUACAAUAAACUUUGGUGACCUAUGACUUAUAAAAGCAGUAGAGGCACAAAACCCAUGUUUUUAUUCUCUGACCUGUUAGGUAUGUCUGAUAAUGUAUUAUCUAACAUAAAAUUUACCUAGCACGAAAAGGAGCUAGUUUAGUUGAUAUACAGUAAAGUAUACAGUAAUAAAGUACUUACAAAUCAUUAACAAACUAUUAGUUUAUAGUUAAUUCAUUGUAGUAUCUACAUUGUUAAUAUAGCAAUAGGUUAUCUAUAAAUAGUGAGUUCAUUCAUUGCCACUGUAAUUAACCAAAUAAUUGUUUAAUUAGCUCAUAUAAAGUGUUAGAUAAAUUUUUUUAUGCUGCUGCUGCACAUAUACAUGAAAUAACCACUGAUCAGCCUACGCUAUUCAGAGUUUCAUGCCAGAACUAGGUAAGUAGAGACUACAAUAUAUAAACUAUAUAUAAAUAACAAACUAGUUUGCUAAUGAUUUUUAAGUACUUUAUUAGUGUAUACUUAUUAUAAAGUGUUAACAUAUUUUUAGAUUUAUGGGAAAUUAAUCAUUAACUAAAAACUACAGUUUAGCCCCAACUAAAUGACAGCUUCACUUAGUUUAAAUUUGUAACUGUUGUAACCCAUUCUGGCAUAGUUUACACCAAAAAUCUGGGUUCAAAAAUGUCAAAUUUUGGUAAAUUAUGUAAACCUCAUAUAAAUGAAUACAAAAUAAAAUGGAUCAGCUCAAAAAUUUAGAUUGAUGAUAAACAUCUUUAACAUUUCAAAGUAUUUUAAAUUCUUUCUGCUGUUAUAAGAAAAAAAAAUGUGAGAGAAUGCGCCGGCGUAUUCGUCGACCCCAGAGGAUUAAAGGGAAAUUUUACCCAAAAAUGAAAAUUGUCAUGCUUUACUCACCCUCAUUUUUUUGCCUGUGGAAACAAAAGAGGAUUAAAAAAAAAAAAUGUUUGUAACCAAACCAUUGUGAGGAUUUAAAAAAAAAAAAAAAAAAAAAAAAAUUUAAUUUCUCAAAAUAUCUUUUGCAUUUAACAGAAGUCAGUCAUACAAUUUUGGAACAAAUGUGUGAGUACAUGAUGACAGAAUUUUAAUUUUUAGGUGAACUAUACCUUUAAGCACCAUUUGUUGAGAAAAAGAGAAAAAAACUAUUUUGUAUCAUAUUUAUGGAAAGUGCCAUGCGUAGUUUUCCCUGUUACUCGUCACCAUCACUGCACAGCCGCGGGUUAUAUGGAGGAUUGAGUAGAAAGGCUGAAGCACAUUAAUAACAACUCCAAUGACUAAUGAGAGCUCGGCUGGAAUAGGAGAUAUUUUUGGGUUUGUGUCAGAAACUCUGUUAUGGCGUACUGUACGGGGUUUACUGACUGCACAGUUUUUUUCUGGAACUAAAUGAACAUGCAGCUCAUUUAUUAAAAGCAGAACUGCAUUAAAGUACAAAAGUACUUCAUAAAGCUUCUCUAUAGAACUCAAUUAUACACUGUAUAGGUAAUUAAUGUUUUUGCUAAGAGGAAUGGAGCCUGUGCAGAUAAGACAUUACUGUAUGGACCUUAAAUAUUUUAUUCUUAGUGAAGUCUUCUCUUUUAAGUUGAAGCAGCGAAUGUAACCAUUAGUUUUAAUUACAGAAGCGCUUUAUCAAAAACAGCAAUAGCUUCGUCUUUGCUCCUGAAAGGCAUGAGAAUGAGAUUGAAGGGAGGGAGCGAAAAUCGAAUUAGUCAAAUGAAGGUGCUCUUGUUAAGCAGAAACAGUUUAGAGAGAUUCUUUGUUUUGCUGCAAACAGAUUAUCACUCUUCAGUAUCCACAAUCAAAUGAUUAUGUUGCUGUUGUUUAUUCAUUACCUCAAGUUUUUAAUUUUCCAAAAAACUGCUUUUGUUUUCAAGAGAACAGGCUUUUGUUUCUAGCUUAGAUCAACUCUCCUUCAGUUCAGUUCAUCAAGCCGAUGGCAACGGUGGCAGGAAAAUCACUCUAAGAAGUUAAAUAAGUGGUUUGGGGGCUCACGGCAUGCCAAAACCUCUUCAAACUAAAGCAACUAAGUAAGUGGAUUCAGAUUAAAUACAGCUGAAUUUAAAGUGCAUGUCAACCAGUCUCCCUCCCAAAUAAUCUGCCUCAUCUCUUUGAAUAAUUCACAUUCAUCCGUGUGGGAAAAUAAUCUCACAGCAAAGAGAUCCGGGCACAGAUUAGCCUCUGGCAUAUUGCAAUCCUAAGAAUUUGAAUGGAAAAGAUGCCAGGCUUUGGAGAGGUUUUCUAGGCAGUUUGUCCUCAGAUAAGUCUAGAUAGAGGGAUUGUGGAAGUAUAAUCCGAGUACCAUCAUGAGCCCUCCUAACAUUCUCCUUAUCGGGGCUCAGGCUGCGCACCCACGGAGGCUUUAUUUCCUUACAGAACGAGAGAGAAAUAAGUGUGACCAACAUCACUGGAGGCGGCGCAGGUUCCAGCCGAGCAGAACUUUCCAAUUACCUGAUACACGGGCAUAUAAACAGCGAGUUAGCUCUGUUUAAGCCGGCAAGUUCCUCAGAGAUAAGGAAUGAUUCUAAUCUCUGUUAUUGUGUUCUUAACCUUCACUUUUCAUGUUUUACUAGCAGUAAUCCUCCACAGAGAGAUGCAGAUAACAGUGAUAAUGAUGUAUGAGCUAAAUGCAACUUUAAUGGCUUGUACUGACUGAAAAACAAAGCCUCAGAUCUUCUGUUUCAAACUAAACAUCAGUCCUGUGUGGCUGAGGGUGCAGAAGUGCUAAUUAGAUUUAUAGACUGAAGGGGACCUCUGAGACCAUAUGAAUCAUCUAUAAUUUGAUAAAAAAUGUGAUAAAUCUCAUAUUUACAUAAAAAUUUGUCCAAAAUGGAAAAACCACAGGCGAAGUCUGCAAAAGAAUAGUGUUGUGAAUCGGCACAAAGCUUUCUCAUUUUGCAACAUUUUAAAGCCUUUUUUAUCCAGAGUGCUGUCAAAGGAUUCACUGUACGGUUCCUUUGCACUAUAAUUCUCUCUCUUUCUCUCUCAAGGUCUGUCUUUUCAAGGUUAUAAGCAAUUUCUGCAUUCCCCCUCUAGUUCUGUGAAAUCUGAUACGGCCGUAUCUGUCCCUGACCGAUCUCAGGCGUCGGUAUUGUACAUCAAAACAAGACAAGCACUCUCUGACACUGUCCAUGAGUCAUCUUUCGCACAACCUCUGCUCAUUUCUCCCUUUCUCUUUUCUGUCUAACAUAUCUAUUCAUCUUUUGUGAUCUACGUCAAGGAAGCGUGUAAAACUGCUUUUUUAUUUGAAGACACUUGUUUGAGCACUGGUGCAUGUAAGUGUGCGGACAUUCUUUGCAAUAUGGGCAUUUCAUGUAUUAUUUUGCAGUUUCAUGGUGUAAACAACAAUUUAUUUAACACAAACUGUAUAAAGGGAAGUUGUGUGUGGAGUGAUGAAUCACAAUGAAACACGAGUUGCAAUGGUGAUGCUCCAGAGCUGUGUCUUCGGAAAGUCUGGUGAGAAAUAUAAUAAAUGCAUUUCUACAACAGUGAAGCAUGGAGGAAGAGCUAUCAUUGUAUGAGGAGCCUUUUUAGCUGCUGGUAUUGGUGAGCUACUUCACUGUGAAAAGUCAUUUAAUGCUUUGAUGAGUACAGGGAAAUAUUGCAGAAUGGCUUGCUUCACACAAAUGAAUAGUUGUUAUCUAAAGAGGAAUGAUCAGAUGUUAUUUUUCAAGUUCAGAUUUGAACCCUAUAGUGAAUACUUGGUCUCUCAUUAAACUCAAACAAACUAGGAGACAUUUUUCAACUACUCAUGAACUGUUUGAAGUCAUUAACAUUGAGUGGAGCAACACUGACUCUUCUUCCUGUAAAAAGAUGUUUGCAAAAAGAAGUCGGGCAAGGCUAUUCCAUGCUAAGUUACUUUAUCUACAGUAUUUGUGCAAUUCUUGCUAAUUUCCUGACCAGUGAUUUGUGAUUAAAAUAGUUAAUACCAAUAGUUAAUAUUGGUAUUAACUAGUUUAAUCACAUUAGGGUUAAAAGAACUGUUUCCAAACAUAUAACAUGCUAGAAAGAUUUAAGAUACUUCUUCCCUGUCGCUAAUUAAAUAAUCAAAAUAGUUCACUCAUACAUACAGCUAUGAUCACAAAUUCAUCACAAUAGCCAGGAUGGAUAUGUACAAUAGGCUUUAAUAAAUAGAUCUAUCUAAAUUGGUCAAUGUAAUGGAAACACAGCCCCUUCUGAUAAGAAACUAUAAAAAUCUUGAGUCACUUGUUCAGCCAGACUAACCAGUUUUGUUCAUAUUUGUUGUGCACACAAGAAUAAUAUUCUUCAUUUCACUGUCAGCUCUUCUGCUGUGAUGAGAACAAAGGUAAAACCUUUUUCCCUCUUUCACCUCACUUAUUCAUUCUUUCGCAGAUAGCUAAUGGCUUCUAAAAGCUUGUUGAAAAGCGCUGUAAAUGUAUGGGGUGGUAAUCUUGUCAUUUUAAAAGCAUCAUCCAUUAGCUUGAUCUUGGUGCCACAAAAACACAUUAAUACAAUGUUGAAGACAGAAGUCAUUUUAUUAACCUUCUUGUAUCAUUUAAAUGGUGCGGUAACUAAUUCAAACCAAAAGUGACAUUAUUUCUAAAUAUUUUAGAGAGGGUUGUGAAUAAGAAAGUGCAGCAAUGGCUACAUGUGAAGCAAGUGAAUUUGGAGCCCGGUUUCUCUUUGAUUUGAGGAUUGUGCUAUUGGGAAACAGAGCAGCAGGGAAAACCUCUUUGGCAAACCUAAUAACAGGUCGUGCAGAGCCUCAUCUAAGGAGAACAGCCCAGUGUGUGAAGACACAUGGAGAUUUUGCCGGAAGGCAGGUCACUGUAGUUGAUACGCCGGGCUGGUGGAAGAACUACCUUGUAAAAGAAACCCCUAAAUUUCAAAAACAAGAGAUUGUGCUUAGCGUAGCUCAUUGUCCUCCUGGGCCCCAUGCAGUUCUGCUGGUCAUCCGUGUCGACGCUUCAUUCAAAGAAAAACACAGGAGGUCGGCGCAGGAACACCUGGAGCUUCUGAGCGAGAGAGUCUGGAAUCACACUAUAGUUGUGUUCACAUAUAGAGACCAGCUACAGGAACAAGCUCUAGGAAAGCACAUUGGAAGUGAAGGGGAGUCUCUUCUGCUCUGGAUAGUGGAGAAAUGUGGACACAGAUAUCAUGUUCUUAACACUGAGAGAGCUACUGGUACACAGCUUACGGGGCUACUGGAGAAAAUAGACGCAAUGGUCGUGGGAAACAGUGGCUGUCAUUUUGAAAUGGACAGAAAAUGGUUGCAUGAGGUAGAAGGAAUGAUGACGAAGAGAUAUAUGAGAGCAAACCAGAGGAGGAAGAUGUUACAAGAACAAUGGAGGACUCCACUUGUACGGCAAGGUCACAAGCAAGUCCACAUUUCUAAGAUGAGGAUGAUAGUGUUAGGUUUCCGAAGAGCUGGGAAGAGUUCAGCUGGAAACACCAUUUUGAGUAUGGCGACAUUCACCUCGAAGAGAACCACCACGUGUGCGAGAAGACAAGGCGAUGUGAACGGGAGAAAUGUGACUAUAGUGGACACUCCAGGCUGGUGGAAGUCUCUCCCAGUGAUUGACACUCCUGAACUGGAUAAAAUGGAACUUUUAUUCAGCAUGUCUCUAUGUCCACCAGGUCCACACGUGCUUCUGCUGACCCUACGUGUAGACAUGUCAUUCACAGCAGAAGAGAGGGAAUCAGUGGAGGAGCACAUGGAGCUUCUUGGAGAGAGUGUGUGGGCUCAUACCGUAGUGCUGUUCACCCAUGGAGAUUGUCUGGGGGAUGUGACUGUAGAGGAGUUCAUUGAGAGUGAAGGGGAGGCUCUACAAUGGCUAAUUGAGAAAUGUGGGAACAGAUAUCAUGUCCUCAACAAUGAGAACUGGAAUGAUGGCAUUCAGGUCACAAACCUGCUGGAGAAUGUAGAGAAGAUGGUGGCACAAAAUAGGGGCCAUUAUUAUGAAAUUGACCCUAAGACUCUAAAGGAAGUGAAGCAGAAAUGGAAAACAGCAGAAAAGCAAGCAAAGGCACGAGCAAAGAAACAGAGACAGAUGAGGAAGAUGAAGAGUUCAAUGAAGGAUACUGAAAAGAAUUUCUCAGAAUUUUGUCUUGUGCUUCUGGGUUAUGGAGAAGCUGGGAAGAGUUCAACAGGGAACACUAUCCUCGGCCAACAGGUGUUUGGAUCAAGAAGAACAGCCCGGUGUGUUCAGAGGCAUGGAGAGGUUGGAGGACAGCAGGUCAACAUCAUAGACACCCCUGGCUGGUGGAAGAAUCUUCCCAUAGAACAAACUCCUGAACUGAAUAAAGAUGAAAUCACACACAGUCUGUCUCUAUCCACUUCUGGUUCGCUAGCUUUCAUUUUGGUCCUUCGCGUCGACUGUUCCUUUAAAGAGAAGGAGCUGAAGGCAAUGGAGGACCAUUUGAGGCUUUUGGGCUCCACAGUUUGGGAUCACAGUAUAAUUCUGUUCACUUUUGGGGACCUGCUCGGAGACCGAGCCAUUGAGCAGCAUAUUGAAUGUGAAGGGAAAGCUCUGCAGUGGCUUGUUGACAGAUGUGGAAACAGGUAUCAUGUUUUUAAUAAUAAGGCCAGGGGUGAGAACCACCAGGUCAGAGAGCUUCUGGAAAAGAUACAGGAGAUGAUUGGAGCAAACAGAGGUUGUGAUGAGAUGGACAUGCAGGUGCUGCAAGAGGUGACGGAGAGGAGGAAGGUGGAGGAAGACAGAGCAAACACCAGACUGAAGACGCAGGGACGAGGAGAGGAAGAUGAAUUAGAUGGUGAAUUUGAUGACAGUGAGGAAAAUGAAGUUUUUUUAGUCGACAGCUUGGAGAUACACAACGGCUAUAUGAGGUGAAUUUUAGAGGGGGAAGUUACAAAGUUGUGUAAAUCAUUUUCAUAACCAGUGGUUUUGUCUAUAGUAGAAAUAUCAAAACAUCCUUAAAACAAGAUCAAAUAAUUAUUAUUUAUUAAAUGAUUAUUAUUGUUAUUAUUUUCAGAGAAUACUUCUUAUAUUUUAUAUAAUCCAUAUUAUAUCAUGUUUUAUCCUGUCUUAUUGGUUUAGGGGUAAGAAAACAACAUAUUAAAUGUGUAUAAUUUUUGUUUUAAGCAAGUAACUGUAUCUUGUUUUAAGGGUGUUAAUCUUUUGUAUCUAAUAUAUUUUUUCAUAUAUAUAUAUAUCUUAUGUAUCUUUUUACAAUGAAACAUUAUAUGGUGACAUUUAUAUUUCACAAAGACAUUUUUCAAGUGUGCAAUAUAUAUCUGAAAUAUGUAGAGGGCACUAGGGUCUGUUUUUCAAAUGUAGAAAUGUGGAAAUGUAUUCAUCUGGAAAUCCGUUGCCGUAUCUGUACUCUCAUAAUGCACAGACCCCUUAGCGUCAAGAAUAUUAAAAUUUGAUACAUUUGCACAACACAUUGCUGUAGGCAAAGUGGCACACAUUCAGGAGGAAUAUGCAAAUGAAAUGCCACAACACAAUAUUUCAAAAAAUAAACAAAGAAACAAACAACCAAACAAAUAAAUAAAUGACAAACAACAUCAAGGGGAAGCACGGCAAGAGGAAGCAAUGCUAAUGCAAGUUACUGUUGAUAACAAUGACACUUUAAUCACUGCAAGGCUCUUGUUUCUGGUAGAUGAAGUGAGUGAAGGCAGAUUUCAGACAACAGCACCUCAUACAGCCAGAGGCUUUGAUGCUCCUGUUUAUCAUUCACCGUUGGGAGGAUGUUUGCUUUUGACUCAUAUUCGCCCAUAUAGAUACAUAAUCAAUGUGAGUCGUUUCCAUCGUUUGUCAUCUAAACUACUUGAAGUGGCUAUUUUCGCUCUGGGGUAUAUUUUUUGCUCAAGUACAACUCUAUCCAUCUUCAUUAGUAUUUCUGACCUUAAAAUAUGUUUUGUAUUUUGUUGUUUUUGAUAUUGAAUUUAAUAAUAGCCUAUAUUUGAUAGCUAUUCAACAAAUGUUGGUUUCUGUUUUUUCUUAAAUCAAUAGAAGUUAAAUUGAUUUGCUUUUGUAUUUAAACACAGAGUUUUUUGAACUGUAAAGUGACAUUUGAUUUAUUGAACUUAGUAGGCCAAAUGUGUUACAAGUUCACCUAAAAUGAAAAUCCUGUCAUUUGCCAUUUCAAACCUGAAUGCGUAGUGAAUAAUGACUUUAAUUUUAGUCAUUUCAUCACACAAAGGUAUUGCUUUAGAAGACUUUAAAAUAGUAGUAUGGACUAAUUUUAUGCUGUUUUUUUUUUUUUUUUUUUUUUUACUUUUGUUUACUAUAAGCUGACAUAAUAUGGAAAAAGAUGUGAUUUUUCAAAAUUCACCUUUUGUCAAAGGUCAUAUCAAAGUGUAUGCAUUUUCUGUACUGUAACUAUCCCGGCUAGCCUCAGAAUGGCCUAAUUUUCUUUUAAUCAUAAUGUAUCUGAUAAAACAAAAAGGACAGGUUACAGAUAUUUUUAGCAGGUUACUCAUGCUAAAGGAUGAACAGAGAGGUAACAGAAACGAUGACAAGGAAAAGUUCGAAAAAUGAAGAAACUGAAAAGGGCAAAGCUGAGAAAUGUCAAGGAAGAGGAUGAAAGCUGUGAAAGGAGAACAAAGCGAGGUUACAGAAUGAGACUGAAUGAAGCCUCAAAAGAUGACGGAGUUGGUCUUGCUACACUGAGUUGGCCCUUCAAACUGUAUCCAUUCUCUCCCUCACACACAGUGUUUCAAGAAAUUACACAUGAAUAAUUCAUGUUUUCAACUUUACUCAGGCCAACUAAGACUGUAUAAUUAAUUGAGGCUCCUUUUACAGGGGACUGGAAUUACGAGGGAUUGUUUAAGAUGGGAAAGCCGUGAGAGGGCAGGGCAUGUUUAAUACCAUAAUCAUGUAUGGCGGCACUAAGUGGUCAUGAAAUCAAUGUAUGCCUUCUGUAUCUUUUCAAAUUAUUAUAAAGUCAAAUGGUGUUCUUCUAAUCAAACUUUAUAGUACUUUAGUGUAAAUUCUUCUGUCAUUUGAUAAUAUUUGGCCAACUGCUUCAUCGCUGUAUGGCUGGUAGAUCAUACUAACGUGGUUGUUUAUGCAUUUUCAGAAUUGUCAGCAUUCAUUGCAUAUUAUUGUGUCUACUUAUUUACUCAAUAUUCACUUUGUGUCAUGUCCGUGUAUUGCAAAGAAAUAUAUGCUUAAAAUACCCUGGCAUCUGCUCUGAAUGUGAAUGAAACACAUUGUGGCUAUAUCUGUUGAAAUCUGCUAGCUUUAAGCAGAUUAUACCUAUUAAUUGUCAGUUUAAUGGUAUUAUGUUGUCCUAAUAAGUAUCAGACAAGAUUUUCUUCAUUUUCUGUUUGGGUGUAAAAAUCUACGUUUUAUUUGGAAUGGAAUUAAAGACAUAUAUGAGUAUAAAGGAUACUGACUGCAGCCUCCAGUAAAGAAACUUAAAUAUUUCUAACUGUUAAUGAUACCAUGAAUUAUAUAUAAAUCCACAUGAAUGCUAUUUAAAAAAAAAAAAAAAGUAAGGUCCAAAAUGUGCAAUCAUUCUCUGAAAUAAAGUGUUCAACAGAAACAAAAAACAUGUCUGGGUGGCCUUGUGCAUUAUAUUAUUAUUCAUGCAGUUAUUCGGAACAUAGUGUCUCUUUUUGGAGACACAAUUGUGCGAAAGAAACUUGUCAGCAUUAUAAAUGUGGCUAAUUUAUUGCUUGUGUGAAUAAAAAGAAUGGCAAGUGCUCCAAUCACUA